AUGAGAUGUACAUCCCAAGCAUUUCAAUCAAAACUUGUUGCUGUUCCUGGCACGCAUGACAUAAGAGCCCUGAAGGGUAUUCUUUCUGAAGAGGCAAUCAUCUAUUCAAAUGGAGAACUGGUGAAUUAUGAAAACUUUGUGCAUAUGGCUCAACAAGGCUUAUACUACAACUGGGGUUGGAAUGAAUUAGAAACAUUUUCCAAGAAUGAGGGAGGAAAUGCACUUUUGGUCAUGUGCAAAGGCGAUGCAGGUCGAUAUUUAUUGGAUUUUGUCUAUGACAGGACAAAACAACAAAUUCUCAAGGUGGAUUUAACAAUGAAUUAUUGGUGCUGCCAGAGAGUUCCAUGA